AGUCUUCGUCUGUUGAAGUGAAAACAAGUAGAACUAUAAUGGAAGAGGAGUUGCCACAAAGCUUAAAAUUAGAAAAGAAAUGGCAGAUAAGUUGGGAUGCUUUAUCUCAAGAACUAAAGAAAACGAGUCGAAUCGUUGCUCCAAUGGUAGCAGUCACAGUGUUUCAGUACCUCUUGCAAGUUGUAUCGAUCAUAAUGGUUGGACAUCUUGGACAAUUAACCCUUUCUAGUGUAGCCAUUGCAACUUCUCUUACUAACAUCACCGGUUUCAGCCUACUUUCAGGGCUAGUUGGUGGUUUGGAGACACUAUGUGGACAAGCUUAUGGAGCUAAGCAAUACCACAAACUCAGUACAUAUACGUAUACUGCUAUAAUCUCUCUGUUUCUUGUAUGCUUACCGAUAUGUGUGUUGUGGUUCUUCAUGGACAAAUUGCUUAUAUUGAUUGGACAAGAUCAUGAAAUCUCAAUUGAAGCACGGAAGUAUGCAAUAUGGGCAAUCCCUGCUUUGUUUGGUGGUGCAAUUUCUAAACCAUUAGUUAGAUACUUGCAGACACAGAGCUUGAUUCUACCUAUGCUUCUAUCUUCGUUGGCUGUUUUAUGCUUACACUUGCCGAUAAGUUGGGGUUUCAUAUUUAAAUUGGAGCUAGGAAACAUUGGAGCUGCUAUUGCCUUCAGUGUAUCCACUUGGUUAUAUGUACUAUUUCUUGCAUUACAUGUCAGUUUUUCUACCUCUUGUGAGAAGACUCGAACGCCUUUCUCCAUGGAUGUCUUCUUAGGUAUCAAAGACUUCUUCCGUCUAGCUGUCCCUUCUGCUGUCAUGGUUUGCCUCAAAUGGUGGUCACUUGAAGUGCUUACUCUGCUAUCAGGCCUUUUACCAAAUCCAACACUUGAGGCAUCAGUGUUGUCAAUAUGCUUAACAGUUUCCACUUUACACUUCACUAUACCAUAUGGCUUUGGAGCAGCAGCAAGUACUCGUGUUUCGAAUGAAUUGGGAGCUGGGAAUCCUCAACGAGCUCGAAUGGCAGUUCAGGUAGUAAUGAUUCUUGCAGUAAUUGAGACAGUAGUGUUAAGCACAAGUAUGUUCGGAAGCAGACAUAUAUUAGGAAGAACAUUUAGCAAUGAAAAGCAAGUUGUGGAUUAUAUUGCUUCAAUGACUCCUCUUCUAUGUCUGUCUAUUAUCACAGACAGCUUACAAGCCGUCAUAUCUGGUAUAGCUAGGGGAAGUGGAUGGCAACAUAUAGGGGCAUACAUAAAUUUAGGGGCAUUUUAUUUGAUAGCAAUUCCUUUAGCAGUGGUGUUAGGAUUCACUCUACAUAUGAAAGCAAAGGGUCUUUGGAUUGGAAUAGUGGUUGGUUCUACUAUACAAUCCAUCAUUCUAUCUAUUGUUACAUGUUUUACAGACUGGGAAAAACAGGCAAAGAAGGCAAGAGAAAGGAUACACGAAGGAACAAGAUAAUAAGAAGACCAACAAUAACAAAGU